CUUUCUCUUUGCUGGUUGUGUUCCGGAAUUGCAGCUCUGUAGUUCCCCUUUGUGUGACGUUACGUGCAGCAUAGUAGUGGUCCACAACGGCGGCAGCACAAAGAUCGCUAUGGUUUUGUCGGACUCUAUGACAUCCCUUGUUUGCCGGCCUCCAGCUUGGUUUAGUACGCUUGCCAUUCAGAAAGUCGGCCUAGCGAAGAUAAGCCACAGGCUUGCAGAAGCCAAAAAGGAAGAGGGUAAUGAAUUGUACAAACAGAAGAAAUAUGAAGAGGCCCUAAGGCUGUACACUGAAGCCAUUGGGCUUUCUCCAGAGAGUGCAGCCUAUUAUGCAAAUAGAGCAGCAUGCUACAUGAUGACAAGCAGCUACCGUCCAGCCCUGGAAGAUUCUCAGAAGGCAGUGCGGUUAGACCCGAAUUUUGUGAAGGGCCAUUUACGAGAGGCAAAAUGCCAUGUGGCACUGGGUGAUCCCAGCGCAGCCACACGCAGCAUACAGAGAGUAAAAGAGUUGGACCCAACGAACAGUGCAUUGCCUAAAGAGCUUAAAACCAUAGAAAUUCUGCAACAUUUUAUUACGGAAGGAGAUAAAGCUUAUGAAAAGCAAGACUAUAGAAAGGUGGUCUAUUGUAUGGAUCGUGCAUUGCAACAGGCUGUAGCUUGCACCAAGUUCAAGCUGGUCAAAGCAGAGUGCCUGGCUUUCCUGAAUCGAGUGUCAGAAGCUCGUGAAAUUGCUAAUGACAUGAUGCGGUUGGAGCCAACCAAUGCAGAUGCAAUGUAUGUUCGUGGGAUUUGUUUGUACUACGAGGACAACAUUGAUAAGGCAUUUCAGCAUUUUCAACAAGUGUUACGACUAGCACCAGACCACUCCAAAGCUCUUGCUUGUUAUAGGAAAGCUAGGAUGCUUAAAGCGAAGAAGGAAGAGGGAAAUGAGGCUUUCAAGAAUGGGAAGUAUCAGGCAGCCUAUGAUAUCUACACAGCAGCACUUGCCAUUGAUCCCAACAACAAGCUUACAAAUGCUAAGCUGUAUUGCAACCGUGCAACUGCUUGCUCAAAGAUCAACAAACUCAACCAAGCCGUUGAUGACUGCACAGCAGCAAUAAAACUAGAUGAAAACUAUAUCAAGGCAUAUAUGCGUCGUGCUAAAUGCUAUACAGAUUUGGAAAUGUAUGAGGAAGCAGUACGCGAUUAUGAGCAUAUCUUCCGGAAAGACCGCAGUCGAGAAAACAAAAAGCUGCUGGACCAAGCCAAACUAGAGCUCAAAAAAAGCAAAAGGAAAGACUAUUACAAAGUACUUGGUGUUCCAAAGAAUGCAACAGAGGAUGACAUUAAGAAGGCCUACAGAAAGCGAGCAUUGCUUCAUCACCCUGAUCGACACUCUAAUGCGUCCGAUGACAUGAAGCGGGAGCAAGAAAAAAAGUUCAAAGAACUUGGAGAAGCCUAUAAUAUCCUUUCUGACCCCAAGAAAAGGACACGUUACGACAAUGGCUUUGACCUGGAUGACAGCGACGGUAUGGGCUCAGAAGUUGACCCUCACGUCUUCCAAGCGUUCUUUGGUGGCCCCGGAGGUUUCUUUCCUGGGGGAAAUAGCUUUCAGUCUGGCCCACAGAGUGGCUUUGGCUUUCCAGGAGGGUUCACUUUUCAGUUUGGGUGAGCCCAAAGCCAGACACAAGUUAGACUUAUCCCAUCGUGUGACCAUCUCUACACUGAAAGUGUGAAAUUUUUGACACAGUGGACAGCAUUUGGACCACGUUUCAUGGCUGUAUACAAAGUUUGAAGCAGAUAAAUGCAUGUGUAUUUAUGCUCACACCCACGUUUCUGUAUCAGAAGUGUUAUUUUAGUCAUAUUGAAAACGGGAAACAAGUGGAAAGUCCUCUUGUGCAAAUGUUUUGGAUUUAUUCAGAUCAUCAUUUCUGUUUUGCUCAUGCUGUAUAGAUACAUCGUCGGUGUGUUUUGAACAAGACUUGGUUUCUGUCAAACCAAGUGGAAUAAAAGAGCAUAACCUGCUCAAUCUUCCCAAAAUG